AUGUGUGUCUCGCCGACGAUUCGAAUAUACAUUCUGCUCGACAAGCACUCCGGUUCUUUCUUCUCCUAUCCUCGACAGCCUCAUCACGCACAACGCAACAUCACACAACAUAGCUCGACGUCGCCCAAGCGUUUCACAGAUAUUUCCUCCAAGAAAACGACAACCGAAGUAUCUGAUACCUCAACACCCACAGACAGACCGAUCACAAUAUAUUAUAUGCCUCCCAACUCAACCACCGCCAAAUUACUUGUGAUUCUCGACAAGGUAGGCGCCUCGUUCCGCGGAUCGCGUAAGAGGCUCUCCGACCUCUUUCAGGAGUGGUAUAUGUUCGAGCCAAAGAGUCCCAAAGCGGAUGUGUGGCGAGGGAUGUCGUACCUGCCGUACGGAAUGGAGACCUCGACAGAGGCGGCGGAAGCAUUCGAGAUGGCGAAUUUCGGGAGCGUGAAGUGA